CGCAAAAGGAGAGAGAUGAUCAAGUGAAGCUGUGGCGCGAGGUCAAAGAUGGGAUGUACUGGACUCGUAAAAGUUGCAAACCUGAUAAGGACGAAUUUGGGAUUAUUGGGAUACAGAUAGCUGGAAAGAAAUUAUAUUUAAGUGUUCUUAUAAGGGAUAUGAGCGAG